AGUUUGUUAAUAAAAUUAAGCCAAUUACUGGAAUGGUUUCUUGGUCUUAACAGCACUCCACCCACCAAUCCAAGUUAUUCCUGGGCUGCCUAACACAGGUUGGACCUGGAGUUAGUGGGGCAUGUCUAGGACUGCUUCAUUUCAACAGGCAUCAUUUGAGGAGUGAACGCACGCAAUAAGGAAAUGAAACAGAAGUGAUUUCUGGACAACAGAUUACAACAGACUCAAUCAGUUUUUGUGUCUUGGAGAAGCCUGUUGCUGACGCGCAUGUUCUGGGAAGGAAGUUUCUCAGCAGGAUUAUGAAAUGACCAUUACUCAGAAACCUUCUUCCUCUUUGUGUGCCUGAACUGCAGUUGUGCUUUUUUGGCUUGGGUUUUUGGAAAACUGAAGCAGCUGGGCUGCACAAGAGGAAAUGGCAGCUGGGAGCCUCUGCCAGGCAGUAGGUCACUGAGUGAAAGGAUCACACUCACCAGAGCAGAGGUGCUCACAGGAGAAAAAUCCCUGGCGACUUAAGUAAGGACUCUCAGAAGCAAGAGCAACUGAGCUUCUUCCUUGGCUGGAAAAGAUCCCAGUUUCCAGCUUGGCUGCAAACCCACCAUAUUAUGAACUUAUGACCUGAAGUUGUCUUGCAGUCUACCAAAUGAGCUACCUGGGUAAUUAGGACAAGGCUAAUCAUCAUGCACAUCGCUCAGUACUUGGUGAUUCUGCUCUUCACAGGACUGAAACUCUCCAAGGUAGAAGGAAGGUGUUUUUUCAAUAACUCCCAACAGCACUGCAUCUGCUUACAUUUAUCUGAGAAAACCCUAAGAAGUCUCACACGUUGUCUCCUUGCCACUGAAUUUGAGUUUCGAGGAGGAAACUUGGAGAAAUAUUUAGGGUUCUUACCAUUCAAAUUAGAACCAUCAGUAAUUGACAUGCUGGGAACUCUGAUGGUGACCAAGGUGAUCUUUGGAGAACUUGAUGUGCCAGAGGUUCUUUUGGCAGCUGUCUUGAAAUUCUUUUCCUACACUCAAGUCACAAUGCUUGGAUUUGAAAGUUGCACCUUCCUUGGAAAUGCCAGCUGGGCUCACAUGGCUGGGCAGAUUUUGCCAAUCUCAUCAUUACGCUUUCACAAUGUGACCUCCACUUCCCUGGUGGACAGAGCCCAGGACUUCUCCAGCUUGAGCAGCUGGCUGGAGAGCCUGCAGAAUCUGACUGUGACACAGUCCCAGGUUGCCCAUGUUCCAUGUGGUAUUGGCAAAAUUUUUAGAACCUUAAACCAUCUGGAUUUAUCAGAAAACCACUUCCAAGAUCAAAGUCUGGGAUCUUCAUUCUGCCAGGGAGCUUUCCCAGAGCUACAGGUACUAAAACUCCGUCGCAAUAACCUGAUCUCCUACCACACCAUAUGUGAAAUGCUGCAGCAGCUGACCAAUCUAGCCCACCUAGAUCUGAGUGAAAACAACCUUACAGCUUCCUCGUCGUCUUCAUGUCUAUGGCAGCCUUCUCUCUCCAUCUUUAACUUGUCCAGCACAGGCAUAGAUCACAUUGUCAUACCUCUGCCUCCCAACAUUGAAGUUCUAGAUGUAAGUUUCAAUAAUCUUCAUUCUCUAGACCUCUCACUCCACUUCCUGAAGGAACUCCACUUGUCCAAUAACAAACUACAUGCUGUCCCCUCAGCCAAGAACUACCCUGCUUUAGAAGUCCUCAUUCUAGAUGGAAACCUGAUCUCACGUCUCUCAAAGGAAGAGCUGUGGUCUCUGAGACACCUGCGGAAUGUGAAGGCAGGUCAGAAUCCCUAUAAUUGUUCAUGCUCAGGUGCCAGUGAAAUCCAGGCCUUGGCAAACACAGAGUCCUUGCUGCAAGGCUGGCCUCAAGACUAUGUAUGUAAGUCCCCACCCCAUUACCAGGGUACUUUGGUGAAAGAUGUGCCUGUUUCAGCAGUACACUUCAACAAGGCCACAGUGAUUGUUCCUGUCUGUGCCAUUCUCGUACAAAUGUGUGUGGCUGGAAUAAUUUGAUUUGCCAGACAUAAAGCAUGGUCUGGCCAUCCCUGCUCCUAGGCUGUAGCUUCUUCCCUUCAUGCAGCAGAAAAGAGGCUAUAAGACACAUUGUUUCUGCAAGGACAAAACAUCUCAGUGACCAAUUCUGCUGCAGCACCAGGGCCUGUGGGAUGAGCUCUCCUGGGAUAGCUGCUCAAGCUAGAGGAUUAGAAGGACCAACCAACUCCUGUGAUUUAAAUGGAUGAAACUUCCAGUGAAGCACCACUGUCUGAGCCUCCUCAACACACCAUUUGUAGGGAUGAUCUGUUGGGAGGCUGCAGACAUCUGAGAUGUUAGCAAAUGUAUUGCCAUCACUUUAAAGUACCAUAGUUAUCAGAAAAGUAUUGGUGCUCCAGUAGCAUUAUAGAAACUCCCCAGUCACUCUCUGGCACUAUACCCAGCACAAUCAUGCCUGUAUUUGUCUGGAGCGAGCAAGGUGGAAAGAAGAGGAUCUGAAUUCUGUAUCCAGACAAACUCCAUAACACAAGGUAGUUUAAUGCCUUUGCCUGCCAGGUCCUUGUGAAUGGCCAGUGACGUACUGAAUACUUCCUGUCCCAUUCAUGUAGGCUGGAUCUAUACACAGAUUUUCUUUGAGUAUAACUGCACCAGACCAGAUUUUUGCCAUUAUACCCAUACAGCCCUAUGGAGAUGCAACGUAAACACACGGCUUAUUCCACUUCCCAUAUUGGAAUAAGUUAUACAAGAGGAAGGCCUUUAUAUAAGCACCAGUCUAAUUGCAUGCACAGUAUUGGAGUUGUAGCACCUCAACAGUAUUGGUAUAAAAAAGUACAGUAGAACUUAGGUAUGUCAACAGGUUCUUAGCAUUAGCAACAAUACAGGCAGCAAACUGCUUUCAGCUAUUUUGAAUCAAAGUGGUUAAUGCAGAUUUACAUCAGUGGAAGGAGAUCAGGAUUCACCCCAAUGUACUCAGUUCACAAGUCAAGGACUUUUUGCUAAUGCCUAGGGCACACUAUAGUUAGCUACUUAACACAAAGCCUUUCUUCACUGCACACCAUGUCUUUCAACUCUCAAAGAGCUUGCAGCCUCCAGAAACAAGGGGCUGACCAACCAGCUCAGGGCAGAAUACCACAGUGAAGGCAUUCUCAGGUCCCUUCAGGGAGACUUUACUUCUGUACUUUCUUUGUUUUGAUUGACCUGAAAUAAAAGGAGUUUAGACCAAAA